AUGAUAGGACGUCAUAUCAGCCCAUGGACCACACGCGUCCAUGACAGCAGUUCCUCCAGCAGCAACGAAAACAAAAUAACGCACCGACAUGGAACCGAGCUUGCACGACCAGAGGCGGCUCCUCUGCAAAAACCAUCUCGCCCGGCACCAGCCUACACACCCCCUCCCACCGCCCAGGCUCGUGCCCGCUCCCGCCUCGGCUACACCGGCGCCAACUCGGCACUGCCGAACACCACUUCCCCCUUGGGCGGAGGAACAGCCGUAACGGGCAUCAGACCCCGCGGUUACGGCCUGGACAGCGUCCACAACAACAUCCACAACGCCGCCAACACCGACAUCGAUGAACCAGCACCAGCCGUCGUCCCCGCCGUCGUGAGCCCGCCGCCGUACAACUUCCACCUGCGUGACCGAUUUCUGGAGACAGACUUGGCUGCGACCUUUGAUCACACCUCACCACAUCCCCCGCCCCCAGCCUAUGGUGUGGCUUCUCCCAUCCGCCUCCUCGGCGAUACGACAUGGACAACCAGCCGCAACCGCAAUACGGGAACCACACCACAUCCCCCGUGCCCGGUCCAUGGUGUGGCUCGGCCUCCCAUUGCCCUCCUCGGCGAUACAACAACAACAACCAGGAACAACCGCAAUACCAGAGGCACGAGAAGCCCCAGCAUCAGAAGCAUCGACACUGUAGACCUAAUGAUCGAGCUCAUCGACCUCCGCGACGAUACAACAACCAGCAACAAUCGCAAUACCAGACCUGCAGAGAGGGCCAGAAGUUACGACACUGUAGACCAGAUGAUCGAUCUCGAGCGGGGAAACCCGCCCCGCAACGAGACGGGGACCGGAGGCGUGAGAAAUCGAGGGGUCGGCCGAGGCUGUUGA